GAUGCCAUCACCUUACCGUGUCUUUCUGUCCAAGGAGACGCGACUGGAAGUCUUACGGCGGACCCGCCUGCCUUUCCGGGGUCGUGGUCGCUGUGGCCGUGGUCGUCCGCACGGCCCGGAGGGGAGGCGUCCCGCCCGCUCUGCCCCGGGUGCCGUGGUGGCCCCACUGCGUGUCGUAUGUCCGGGGGCCCCGGGGGCGCCGGCCGGAGUGUUGUGGGGAGCGGGGCUGCGCUGAGAGCGGGGGGCGCUGCCGGGUCCGGGCUUGCCCGCUGCCCCGCCAUGGGCCCGGGGCCCCAUGGAUCUCGCCCUUGAGCCCACGGAGGAGGAGGAGGCCUGGGCCGCCUGGGCCGCCGCCGCGCUGCUGCUGGGGGCCAUGGGCUGCAUCCAGAGCAUCAGCUGCAAGCCCAAGAGCUUCCCCGAGGGCAUCCUGGUGAGCGAGGUGCGCGCCUCCAUCGACCCCGCCCCCACCACCAUCGACGAGUCCUCCAGCGUGGUCCUCCGCUACCGCACGCCCCACUUCCGGGCCUCCGCGCAGGUCCUGCUCCCCGCCCUGCCCCGCAAGGAGACCUGGGUGGUCGGCUGGAUCCAGGCCUGCAGCCACAUGGAGUUCUACAACCACUACGGGGACCACGGCAUGUCCAGCUGGGAGCUCCCGGACCUGCUGGAGGGCAAGAUCCAGGCGAUCAGCGACUCGGACGGGGUCAACUACCCCUGGUACGGCAACACCACGGAGACCUUCACGCUGGUGGGCCCCACCAAGAAGGAGAGCAAGUUCAGCGUCAGCAUGAACGACAACUUCUACCCCAGCGUGACCUGGGCCGUGCCGGUGAGCGACAGCAACGUGGCCAAGCUGACCCGCAUCCACCGGGACCAGAGCUUCACCACCUGGCUGGUGGCCACCAACACGGGCACGGGCGAGAUGGUGGUCCUGCAGACCAUCAAGUGGCGGAUGAAGCUGUGCAUCGAGGUCAACCCCCAGCGGCCCCUGGGCCAACGGGCCAGGCUGGCGGAGCCCUCCGCGCAGGAGCAGCCGACGGUGCUGCCCAAGAACGAGCCCAUCCCGGCCAGCGCCCUGGUCAAGCCCAACGCCAACGACGCCCAGGUGCUGAUGUGGCGGCCCAAGGAGGGGCGCCCCCUGGUGGUCAUCCCCCCCAAGCACCGGUAGCGGGGAGGACGGAAGGGGGGGACGGGCACGGCCCACUCGCUCUGCAUUAAAGAGAGAAAGCAUCUAUUUCGGAGGCACUUUUAGACUCGAAACGAUCAUAACGAUAACAAUCAUAAUAAUAGUAAUAAUAAUCAUGCAACCGUUCUACCUUGACCCGCCCGAACGGAUCUCACUGUGCUCCCCGAAGGCCCCUCCCCUCGCGUCAAUCACGGAAGGCGGGCAGGUGGGCGGGCGUUUUCCUGACAUCGCGGGGAAAAAUACACGGAUAAUAUACACUUA